GACGAGACAAGGUUCAUCAAGGGGUUUCGCCUUGUCUGUCUGAUGAUUGGCUUGAUGCUUGCCGUGUUCCUGAUUUCCAUCGACAGGACAAUCAUAUCGACCGCCAUUCCCUACAUCACGCACCAAUUCCAGUCAACCCCCGACAUUGGGUGGUAUGGAUCGGCAUAUAUGCUUACGGCGUGCGCCUUUCAGCCGCUGUUUGGCAAGAUCUUCAUGAUCUUUUCCGUCAAGAAGGCGUAUCUCGUAGCCAUGUUCUUGUUCGAACUCGGCUCGCUGCUUUGCGGAGUUGCGCCAGACUCAACGACCUUGAUUGUCGGGCGUGCCAUUGCGGGCUUUGGCUGUGCGGGCAUCACGACGGGCAGCUUUGUCGUGGUAGCAGCCGCUGUUCCGCUCCGGUUGCGGCCCAUCUUUAUGGCCGUGGUCGGUCUCAUGUUCGGCGUCGGAGCGACAACUGGUCCUAUCCUGGGCGGUGUUUUCACGGAUCUUGCGACAUGGCGAUGGUGCUUUUACAUCAACCUUCCGAUCGGAGGGUUAGCAGUGGCAGCCAUGAUGCUCUUCUUCAACCCCAAAAAGAAGAAAUGCGAGCGCCGAGGCUUCAUGGAGCGCGUCAUGGACCUCGACAUCAUUGGCAAUAUUCUCCUUCUCGGGGCGUGCAUCAUGAUGUUCCUGGCGUUCGAAAUGACGACGCAAGGCGUGCUGUGGUCCAGCGCCCAAGUCAUCGGGCUCCUGUCAGGCUGCGGUGUCGUGUCGGUUAUAUUCAUCGUAUGGCAAUGGUGGAAGGGCGAGGAGGCGUUGAUGCCGCCCCGCAUCAUCACGCAGCGCACGGUAGCGGCCUCGUGCGCACACUCGCUGACGAUCUACGGGGCGCUCAUCAACUUCACCUUCUUCCUUCCCGUCUGGUUUCAGGCGAUUCGCGAUGUGAGCGCGUUGCAGUCGGGCGUCUACAUGAUACCCUUCUUCUUGGUCAAUGCCGUCUUCACGCUGAUUGCCGGCAUCUUCGUCUCCAAGGUGGGCUACGUGACGCCGCCAGCCAUUCUUGGAGCGGCCAUUGGCACCGUUGGGCUGGGAAUGAUGACGACGUUGCGUGUCGACGCCACGACGGCCGAGUGGGUGGGCUACCAGGUGCUGACGAGCGCGGGCUUCGGCAUCUCGAUCCAGCAAGGCUUCACGGCGGUGCAGACGGUGCUGACCCAGGACGAGCUGGCUAUCGGCACGGCCGCUGUGGUUGCGGCGCAAUCGCUAGGCGCCGCCGUGUUUCUCUCGGUCGGGAACAGCGUAUUCCAGAACCAGCUGCUCCAAGCCACAGCAUCCCGUGCACUGCCAGACAUCGACAUCAAGAAACUCAUCGACAGCGGCGCGGCUUCUUUCCACCACCUCGUGCCCCCCAGCCAACUCCCAAAGCUGCUGCAGAUUUACAACUCGGCGCUGAUGGCUGUGUUCACCACGACAAUCCCGCUGGGGGCCUUGGCUGUAUUUAUAUCGUGUUUCAUGGAGUGGAAGUCGGUGAAGGUCGACGUUGAGGAGAAGAGGGAGGUACCGGUAGAUAACUAAGUCAAGGGCGUUUGGAUUCCACUUCUCUCUUUCUGUUUAGGUAGUAGAGAAUCAAAUAACAUUUUCGCUUGCCUACCUGAUAUAGUGUCCCAGCAUACUUGAGAGAUAUCCUAUGUCGAUGUUCCUUCUAGGUUCAGACACGAAUCA